AUGCGUGGUUUAAUGUUGUUGUUGUAUGCCCUGCUAUUGUAUCUCUACCUGGGAACUAAAAUCACUUGCCAAGCUGAUGAGAGCUCAGGAUUCUUUGUUAAAGUUACUAAAAAUGUUCCUCGUUUGGGACGAAGAUCGGACAAGGAUGUUGGCCGAGGAUUGUUUAGAAACUACAAGGUAGUACCACGCAUUGGAAGAAGUGCACCAAGUGCUAACGACUACCAUUUCCUAAGCAAUUGGCUGACUUUACAAUCUCCAAGAACCUUGGAAAAACGUACAAAUUCUCACCUAAUGGAACAUUCCAUUGCACGAGAAUUGAAUGUGGUACAGCCUGUAAACUCAAAUACUCUCAUGGAAUUAAUUACCAAACAUGCCAUCCCUAAUGAAAAUGUGAAAUUUGUACACUGGAAGGACUUUGAUAAGGCUCUGCAAAUGGAUACAGAGCUUUAUGUUAAAGUCAGUUCUUUGGGCCGCACUCCGGAUCAAAGACUACGGAAUGACAUUACUGAAGGAAACUAUGUGCCCUUUAUGGACGAUAUGGUUGAUGAUCAAGGAAUCGAUUUUAUGAUUUACAAUCAGGGAGAUUUUCCAAAAGGACCCUAUGCCCCGGAGUUUUUGCGCUACAAUAGUUUGUAG